AUGUCGAUUGUGGCCGACCAGGUCCGUCGUCUGGAUGCCCGGAUCGACCGUGUGUCUCUGGUGCCCCUGACGUUCGGGCCCGAACAUGAGCAACAACAAGUCCAGCUCGCGGCUGCGGCCGAAGCAGGCGCCGCCGAGGUUGGAGCCGGGGCCGUCGCGGCCUCGGCGCUCUCCACGCCCCGUGUGAACCACCUUCUCAAGAUUGCCAGGGCCCUCUCCUCCAGCCUGAGCUCUGGCACUCCCCUAUCAUCGGCCCGGAUUCAAAGCCUGCUAGAAAAGUCCGGCCUAACCACCGAAUCUCCCGUCCAGCUGCUCGAGGCCAAGAGCCAGUACGAGAUCGAUGUCGAGUGGCUGUUGGUCGGCAAGGCCACCGUGCAGGUUUACGGCUUGCUGAUGAGUGCCUUGCUGGACCAGAUCAUCCCCCUGAGCGACGACAUCUGGUACUGGGACGAGGUGCUCGGCUCCUACCCUUACAGCGUGUUCUACACGGUGCAGACAUCCCCUUUGCGCAUGUGGCGAUGGGGUAAGGACAUCUACCUCGAGAGCGUGCAUCGCUUUCAACGUAUGCUCCGCGAAGAGCUCCCCGAUCAACCGCAAGAAGUCUCUCCCGAGGGAGGAGCACCCGGAGGUGGACACGACGAAGCCGAGGAAGUGAUGUCGAUCGCGCAAACUUACGACGGCUCGUCCAUCCUUCGCCACCCGCACGCUCGGGUCCUUGGGCCUUGGCACUCCUACCUGUCAAAACACUGGCGGCAGUUUUAUCGCAUCGUCCGGCAGAGCAUCCGCGAGCGCAGCAUCACCGACAUCCAGCGCCGGCUGCUGUCGCGGGUCGAUAUCGGCCGCUCCGAGGCCCGGCAGAAACAAGCCCGCUUGCGCAAGCUCCGCGAGAUGACUGCUACCGGUCUGGGCGUGCUGUUGGACGAGGGGCUGAACUUCAGUGAUGCCCAGCAUGACGAGUGGAAGAGCAUGCUGGAGCGGAGUGUUGCGCUGAUGGACAUGAUUCUGCCGUCGGUGCUGUGUCUGGAUCUGAAUGUCAAUGAGUUCGAGGAUCAGGUAUUCAAGGGCGUGCAGGAGGAUCCGGAGCUGUCGGUGCAGGCUGAGACGGCACAUCCGGCUGAGAGACCUGCCGUGCUGGCGCGCAGGUUGUUGGCUCUGUUGCAGUAUGGUUUGCCUGAACAUCGGGUUGCUAUGCAGCAGGUUGUGAGGGAGAAUGGGCGGCCUUCGGGUCUGGUCAGGUACUGGCUCCCGGCGACGGCGCUGCUGGUGUCAUCGUCGACGAUCCUGAGGAUCCUGGUCAAUAAGCAGGAUGAUAUCGUUAACUGGAUCGUCAACUUUGGCGCUACCGUGCGCGACUUUUGGUUCAACUGGGUUGUGGAGCCCGUGCGCAAGAUCGUGGGCACCAUUCGGCAUGAGGAGACCAGCGAGAUUGCGAUCAUGAGCCGUGACAGCUUAAAGGCUGAUCGUGAGAGCCUAGAGCGCAUGGUUGUUGAGUUCGCGAUGGAUAACCCGGAUAUUGCGGUCGGCAACUCGUCCAUCUCGGAGCAGGAGCUGUUCGAGAUUCGGUCCAAGGUUAAGGAGGGCGAUGUCACGCCCGUGCUGAAGGCCUACGAGAAGGACCUGCGCCGGCCGAUUGUGGGAGCUAUUCGUGGUGAUCUCGUCCGCUCGCUGCUGAUCCAGGUGCAGAAGACCAAGGUUGAUCUGGAGGUUGCUAUUAGUGGGAUCGAUGCUUUGUUGAAGAGCCAGGAGCUGGUAUUUGGAUUUGUGGGGUUGACACCGAGCGUGUUGGUUCUCUACGGCAUCUUUCAAUAUCUCCGCACAGUCUUCGGCAGCCGGGCUGGCCUGCGCCGGGGCCAGCGUGUCCGCCGCGCGAUCCGGGUGCUCCGCAAGAUUGACCGCAUUCUGUCCGAGGCAACUACAUCGGAGAACAACAUGAUCUCGUACCGGGAUCACGGUCUGCUGGUGUGUGAGGUGCACGUGCUGCGUCAGCUAGCACAUGGUGUCUUGCCUGGCGAAGUCGAGAAGGAGUUCCUGGAGGACCUCGAUGAUCUGACGAAUUUGAAGAGCAUCCAGGUGCAGAUGAAGGCGCUGGAGAGGAUCAGGUGGGCAUAUGCUGAGUAUUUGGGACGGAUGAGGUAA